ACUGUAAGGAAGACCUCAACGCUGACCGGAUCAGCGGUUGCUGCACCCCAGCACACCCCCUGAAACCGUAAACAGUCCGACCAUUGCGCUCUAGCGGUGGUUGAACAAGGGGGUUGGAAAUCCGAUCUCGGCAGAAUAUACGAAAAUGGAAUCUGGUGGUGCGUACGGUGGUGGCAAAGCUGGGGGGGCCUUCGAUCCGGUGGUCUUCGUGCAGAGGCCCCAGGUCAUCUUGAGGGCAGUUUGCUGGUUAUUCGCCAUCAUAGUAUUCGGUUGUAUAUCUUCUAAAGGUUGGUACACCAGGGGCAAUCAAGAAGAAUGUCUCUUCAACAAAGAUGCCAGUGCAUGCAACUACGGUGUUGGAAUAAGCGUGAUCGCUUUCUUAGCCAGUAUGGGAUUUUUAGCAGGAGAGUACUUCUUUGAGCAGAUGUCAUCUGUGAAAACGAGAAAGCACUACGUUCUUGCAGAUUUAGGAUUUUCAGGAUUUUGGGCAUUUUUAUACUUCGUCGGAUUUUGGUACCUAGCAAGCCAAUGGGGAAAGACGGACAUCGACUACCCUACUGGUGCAAGUAAUGUCAAAGCUGCCAUUGCUUUCUCCUUUUUUUCCAUUUUCACGUGGGCCGGCUGUGCCUUCUUUGCAUUUCAACGUUUCCGUCAAGGAGCUGGAGCAGCAUUCGCCACGAAUUAUGAAGCAGAUGUCACCAUGCCUUCAACAUAUACAUCUUAUCCUGGAGGUCCUGACUCAGACCAGAAUUACCAGGAACCACCAUUUUCCGGAAUGAACCAGAGAGGGCCUGUAGAUUUCCAAGCUCCAGCAUACUAAUUGGUAUCAAUACUUUUUCAAAUCCUAAUGGUGAAGUAUGGAAAGGAAUAGGAUAAUUGGACAUUAGUUCUGCAGGGAUUGAACAGGUGGCAGUAAUUUCAAUUUUUCUCUCACCUGUAAUAUUAGCAAAACUCCACAGGGCAAGAUAUGAUUCUCUUGAACUUAGUACCUCAUAUCAAUAUUAUUUUUUUUGAGAGAAUUUACUGCUGCAAUGAUAUAUUAUCUAGGUACACUAUAGAAUAUUGAUAUUAAAUUUACAGUAAUAAGGUUAAGUAACAUAGAUAUCUCGAUGUACAAAUGUAUCAAUAAUCUGCUUGCUAGAAAUUUCAAAUGAUAAAAUAGGUUUGAGGUAGGACUAUUUCGUGUGAAUAGCUGUGUCGUUCCACCUACGUUCCUUAUGUUAUAAUAACUGAAUGCAGUCAAUAAAUCCAGAUAUGAUUACGGUAGAUGACAUAUAUCUUUUUGAUAUACGGAUAUUCAUAUUUAACUAGUAGCUCCGUAAAAACCAAAAUACCAAAUUUGGCUUGAAUUUAAUAAAACGUACUUUUUCUAUGUAAUCUUUUCCUUUACAAUUUUAGGCAGAUAGUGAAAUUUUGCUCUAUUAAUUUUUACCACUUUCUGCCAAAACACUGAGCUAUAUCGACUGUAAUAGUAAUAGGGAUAAGAAUUUUUGUGUGAAGAUGGUUGAAACCUCAUAACUUUCAAUUCUGGUGAACAUUUGUAGAUACUUUGUGUGCCGAUAAUAACUACUAGUAUAGCAAUAAAUUGUCAUCUUACUGUACUUUCAAAUAGUGUACAUCUUAUAUUUAUAUGGGUUAUUUUUAUAAAGAAAUAUGAUGUUUCAAUGUAUUUAAAUGAUUGUUUUGUGUUGAUGAGUUAAAUAAAUGUUUAUUCUUU